AUGGUUGCCACCGAGGAUCAGAAGAUCUGGAUCGUCAUCUGGAUUAUCGUAUGUCCGCCGACGGCUGUGGCCUUAAUGACACGAGACGGUACCCAGGCAGCCAUCAAUUUACUUCUCUGUUUCCUGUUCUACAUCCCAGGCAUCGUCCAUGCGGUUUGGCUUUUCAUGAAGAGUGAUGAGUACCGCCCCGCCGUGCAG